AGUGCACUUCAUCUGGUUUGGUGUGGUUAGGUGCAUGAGUGGACCCCAAACGUGUGCCUCGUGGUCGCUAGACGGGACAGUGCCGCCUCGUUACUGGCCCUCAAGUAACAUGUCAACUUGAUUAUCACUGGGACAAGAUUCAAAAUGAAAAGGAAACAUUAUCUUCCCAGUAUGGUGCAAGCAAUCACAGUUCUCACUGUAUUAAAAAUGUUGACCAACGCUCAGACAACGUGUAAUCAAGGAAUUGGCAAAGUAGUUUAUGAACGUUUGCCUGAUCAGCAGCUGCAGGGCUUUGAUGAUGAUGUGGUCAGAGAUACAUCACCACCAUUCCGGGUAUUAGAGAAGUGCCAGGACCUAUGUCUUCGUGAUAGAACAGCAACCAACAACCUCGUCAGAACAUGUACCUCAUUUGACUUCCAACCUGGCAGCCGUAUUGCAUCAUUUAGUGGUGCAGCAGAAUAUGAAGAAUCAACAUGCUAUCUCACUCAUGAGCAAGCACAUCCUGAAGGGAUUGGAAAUCUUGUGCUAGUCCCAAACAGUGUGCAUUUCACUGAGGUCUGCUUAUCAUCAAGUCGCGUGGAAAGAGAGUGCCCGAAUCGGCGCUAUGUAUUCGAACGGCAUCCAAGGAAGAAGCUCAGGCUCCCUGCAAUGGAUUUAAAGCAAGUGACGUCAACAAAUCGCAGUGACUGUGAAGAUAGAUGUUUGAACGAGUUUAGUUUUGUGUGUCGCUCUGCUUCUUAUGAUGCAGCAGCACAUACAUGUUCGUUAAGUCGCUUCACCCGGCGCACACAUCCUGAGCUCCUCGAAGAUGACCCAAAUUGUGACUACUUGGAAAACACCUGUCUGAAUGCAGAAAGACGGUGUGAUGGUCUUGCAGUAUUUGUCAAGGAAGAGAAUAAGAGGCUUGGUGGUCCAUUUGAAGUAGAUCUGUACAGCAAUAAAACGUUAGAAGCUUGCCAGGCGCAGUGUCUCCAAGCUGAGAAGUAUUUCUGCCGGUCAGUUGAAUAUGAUGAGCAGACACACUUGUGUGUGUUAUCCGAGGAGGACUCUGUGUCCCAGAAGGAUGACUUGCGCACAAGCAGCAGUCCUACACAUCACCUGUAUGACCUGGUCUGCUUGGAUAACCCACAAGGGAGUGAAUUCCCUGAUAACUCUGUAACAUCCCACUUGUUUGCUGAUGGCCGCCGCCCAGAUACAGCCUUCCAGCGUUAUCGUAACAGCCGUCUAGGAGGGGAAUUCCACUCAGAAAUUACUGGACGUACAUUGAGUGAAUGUUUAGAUGAAUGCCUACGUCAAGCAAGUUUCCAGUGUCGCUCAGCUGUUUACAGUGAUCGUUUUCGUACAUGCCGACUUAGUCGCUACAAUCAGCGUGAUGGUUUCCGUAUCAUCUAUGAUGCAGAUUAUGAUUACUAUGAAAACCUUAUGACUCGCUAUAUAGAUGGGGAAGGAACAAAUUAUCGUCCCGACCAUUUGGGGCAAGAUUCCAGUCAACAAGGUCAUGGUCAUGGGCGGCCUUCACACAAUAGCUUAGGUGCAGGAGGUGGCAGUUAUGGUGCCAGUGGGGGCUAUGGAGGAAGUGCAGGGUAUGGUGGGCCUGGGUUCGGAGGUGGGGGCAGUGGCUAUAAUGCAUAUGGUGGCCCACAAGGAACAGGAGGGGGUGGAUAUCCAGGAGGUAGCUAUGGAGCAUAUGGUGGGAGUGGCUCUGUUGGUUUUGGAGGGGGAGGGGGAGGAGGAGGAUAUGGAGGAAGUAGUGGCUAUGGUAGCACUGGCCAUGGUGGAUAUGGUGGAUCAGGAUACGGGAGUGGUGCAGGCGGUCCAUAUGGAGGAGAUGGCUUCUAUGGUGGAGGACCAGGGGGUCCAGGAAAACCUUUCUCAAGAUGUGAUGAAGGUGACAGCUAUAGGCAGGUGGGCGUCCGCCUCCGGAUGAGAAGGCCAUUUGUUCGGCGCUUCAUGUCUGUUCCAUCAUUGCGUCUCUGUGAACAAGAGUGUGCAGAUUCUAGGGAAUUUGUCUGCCGAUCUUUCAAUUACAGAGCUUAUGCAGUUCCAUAUGGAUCUGAGAGAGAAAACUGCGAGCUGAGUGAUCGAGAUUCUCGUGAUUUGGACAUCAACAAUCCGUCUUAUUUUGAGACCACAGGAGAUUAUGACUUCUAUGAGAGAUUUGGAGGCCGUAGUGGAGGGGACUGUCUGGAUGUGAGCCAGUCAUGCAAUGAAGACGGAAUGGAGUUCACUUUGCGUACUCCAGAGGGCUUCAUUGGGCGGAUAUACACAUAUGGAUAUUAUGACCGCUGCUUUUUCCGUGGAAAUGGAGGCACAGCUAAUGUACUGAGAAUAAGUGGUGCACAAGGCUACCCUGAAUGUGGUACACAAAGGUAUGGCGAUACCAUGACCAACAUUGUAGUGGUGCAGUUUAGUGAUUAUGUGCAGACUGGAAGGGACAAGCGAUACAAUUUGACAUGCUUGUUCCGAGGACCAGGGGAAGCUGUAGUUACGUCAGGAUAUAUUGGUGCAGGAGCUGGCAGUCCCAUUCCAAUUGAGUACCUCCCAGCUGAAAAUUCAUUGAGCUCCAGAGUGCGUCUGUUGAUCUUGUACCAGGGGCGUCCAACUACAACCAUAGCUGUUGGUGACCCUCUGACCUUCCGGCUUGAGGCCCAAGAUGGUUAUAAUUAUGUAUCAGAUAUCUUUGCAACAAAUGUCAUUGCAAGAGAUCCUUAUUCUGGGCGAUCAGUGCAACUCAUAGAUAGAUAUGGAUGUCCGGUAGACAACUAUGUGUUCCCAGGACUUGAUCGCUCAAGAGCUGGUGACGGUCUGGAGGCUAGAUUCAAUGCCUUCAAAAUACCUGAAUCAAACUUUCUGGUGUUUGAAGCAACAGUACGAACAUGCAGAGAGGGAUGUCAGCCAGCGUACUGCACAGGACAUGCAGGACGCAAUGAGCCCUCAUUUGGCAGAAAGAAGAGAGAGCUGAAUGAAACAGAACAGAUGGAGCAACAAAAGGAUGCAACAAACAGCACAGAGGAAGAGGAACAAGUUCGAGAAAUGAUAGAGGUGUUUGAAUCUCGACAUGAGUUGCUACAGGAAGAGAACGUGGAGCCUACUGCAGAGACCGUGUGCCUCACACAUGGAGAAUAUUAUGGUCUAGUAUCUGCAGUCAUCAUUAUACUGAUUGUGCUGAUUAUAAUCACUGCAUUUGCUGGAAUAUGCUACCGACGAUACUGGUCACUGGAGACAAAGAACAGAGCAGCUGAUGGCACAACAGCAUCAUCAACUUCUGGGCCAUACCCACCUAGCAGGAACAACAACUAUUCAUUCCUUAUGCCUGGAGCACGAAAAGCAUUCGAGACAAGCUUCUCUUCAAGCAUUCCAAGACCACCAGGCUGCAAGACACAAAUCCAUAAUGGCGAUACAUCCAUUGUUUCAACAGCUGGAAAUGCCCGAACAUUUGAUGACCCCAGUGAACCCAUCUACACAGACCCAUCCCUCUUUGAACGGUCCCGCAGCUUGAGAAGUAUUGCAGUGUCUCAAGCAGGUCAGCACUGUCAGAAGGUCAACAUCUGAUUCUGCCCAUCUUGAUGCAUCAGCGUUUUGAAUACAUGAAAGAGUCUGCUCCACCCAUAUGGAUGUAACUGCCAGUUUGCAAUUUGUAACCUGACAAGUAUAAUAACUGCUAUGAUUUUUACAUCAUUUCUACACAAUUCUACAUAGCAAAAGAUUACAGAAAAAAUUGUUCUAAUGAAAAUACUGGAGGAGAACCUAUUUGCUACAUAAAGUCAGCUUCAUUUGCAUGAAACACUGCCCGACAAUGACUUCACACUGGCAACAGUUGGUGUAACUUUAUCUCUUACUGUGUUUGUAUCUGUGAUCUAUUUCUUAUGAGGUACUGAUCUGGGAACAGUGUUGUGUUUCUAAUCUUCUUUCUGCACUUACAAAUUAGUUAUCAUUAAUGUGUAAUGUACAAUGAGGUAACACUUUUCACGUACUUCCUACUCUAGAAUAAAGACAUAUAGUAAGUAGUCAUUCAUUUUGUAUUUGUUGCGAUUUAAGUUAUGUAUGUGUAUCACUAUGAUACAUGCUGAUAUUAUAUAAUUUAACAUUGGAAAUUUCUUUUGAAGUCAACAAUAUACAUCUGGGUUGACCACAGUCAAUGUCAGCUCAGAGGUAGCAAGUUGAUGUUUAAAAUAUUUUCAAUGAUUUACAUUUUAAGUAAAGACAGUGCAAACCAGCAUACAUCCUAAGCGAGGAUCAUCAGCUUAUAUGAAUAAAGAAACACAGUAUGCUGUUAAUGUGCAAACACUUGAUACUAGACCUCUAUUAGAUGAAUAUAAGAGUGUUAAUGCACAGUGGUGCUCAUAUUUCCAAAGUCCUAUUUUAAAUAUUCACAUCUAUAUCUCAAAUGUGUGAAUUCCUCAUAAAAAGUAAAUUCCUACAUUACUCUUCAAGGAAUGCACCCUGUUGUGUUGAGGGUUUUAUAUAUAUAGACACACAUAUCCUAAAUUACUUGUGACACAAGUACUGAAAAUAAGAUUAAAAUUUACCACUGAAUUGUUCUAUAACUUGCAUGCAAUAAUUUUAAAUUUAAAACCUUAAUUCCAUGCUAUAUAUACUAUUUGAGAUUAUUAAAUGAACCAACAAAUAAGAAAAGAAAGGAGGAAGUAUCAUAAGUACUCAAUAAUCUAACAUCAGGACUCAGUGUAGGUUUAAAAUAACGUCACCUGAAACGUUUUGCACCCUCAUACCCUAAUACAGAGCCUUGUGUUAAAUUUUGUCAUCCUAAUUUGAGGAUUUGCAUAGAUUGUAGUCUACAAACUUCAACUACUCUACUGUAGGAUAAAAACACAGCAGUACUUUACAUAUGCCCUUUCUGAUGCUUGUCUAACUUCUGAAGAUAAUGGACACUAGCACCACAGCAAAACCAUCACAUCAGUCAGAUAAUCUGAUGUUCCAUAUUGGUAAAAUGAUUCUUCUGCCUUCUAGAAUUUCAGAUCAGCAGAAUAUAUUUGUCUUUAUUGUCCAAUAAGAAAUCUUUCAUCCAUUAUAAUUAUACUUAAUUAUGUAGCAAAUAUCCUGCUGUUUUGAUAACUAGAGGCGGGACAUUCUCUGGUAGGGGUUGGAAGUAUACAGUUGUAAUAUGAAAUUGUCAUUUUUAUUUAUAAA